GCUCUCUGGGGCAGGGAGGAAUCUGACAGGGACGCCAUGCACAGGGUUCGGGUAGUGCUGGGACACCUGCCGGCAAACUCUAGGGGAAUAUGGGCCGAGAACAGCUCAGCGGCCGCGGACAAGUCCCAGGACAUUGUCAUAGUUGCCGGCCGGAGGACCCCCAUCUGCAAAGCUAAAAGAGGGGGCUUUAAGGAGACCACCCCCGAUGAGCUGCUUUCUGCUGUCAUGACUGCUGUCCUGAACGAUGUGAAUCUGAACCCUGAACUGCUGGGGGAUAUCUGUGUGGGAAAUGUAUUACAGCCGGGAGCAGGGGCAUUGGUGGCAAGGAUUGGCCAGUUCUUAAGUGGGAUUCCCGAGAGCGUCCCCUUGCAUGUAGUGAACAGACAGUGCUCCUCCGGCCUGCAGGCUAUCAUCAACAUCGCCGGUGGCAUCAGAAAUGGCUCAUAUGACGUUGGUUUGGCCUGUGGGGUGGAAUCAAUGAGCCUGAGAAGCGUGGGGAAUCCCGGAGAUAUCAGCUCUCGCACUAUGGACUUCAGUAAAGCCAGAGACUGCCUGAUCCCCAUGGGGAUUACCUCUGAAAAUGUUGCAGAAAGAUUUGGAAUCACCAGAGAGAAACAGGAUUCCUUGGCUCUGGCCUCCCAACAAAGGGCGGCGGCUGCUCAGAGAUCAGGGCGCUUUAAAGAGGAAAUUGUUCCCAUAACCACCACCUUCACCGACGAUCAGGGCAACACCAAGACCAUAACGGUGACUGAAGAUGAGGGCAUCAGGGCAAGUACCACCAUGGAGGGGCUCGGCCGGCUAAAAGCAGCGUUCAAGGAAGGGGGCAGCACCACCGCCGGAAAUUCCAGUCAGGUCAGUGACGGCGCGGCGGCGGUGCUGAUGGCCAAACGCUGCAAGGCUGAGCAGUUAGGGCUCCCCAUACUGGGGGUGCUGAGGUCAUUUGCGGUGGUCGGUGUCCCUCCUGAUGUCAUGGGCAUAGGGCCGGCGUAUGCCAUACCCGCGGCUUUGCAGAAAGCAGGUUUAUCCGUGCACGACAUUGAUGUCUAUGAAAUUAAUGAAGCGUUUGCCAGCCAGGCUGCGUAUUGUGUAGAGAAACUGGGGAUCCCCCUGGAGAAAGUGAACCCUAAUGGUGGCGCCAUUGCCCUGGGACACCCCCUGGGCUGCACGGGAGCACGCCAGACUGUCACCUUGCUCAACGAGCUCAAGAGAAGAGGGAAGAGGGGAUUUGGGGUUGUAUCCAUGUGUAUAGGAACGGGAAUGGGUGCGGCCGCCGUGUACGAAUACCCGGGGCAUUAGUGCUCAAAUGAACCCCCUGACAGAGACGUUCCGCCCGCAGUCUGAAGGAAUUCAUUUUGGGAGAGCGAUGGAGACCCCCGUUACCGGUUUCUUCAGCAAAUCUUAAUAGUAAUAAUAAUAAAAAUGCAACUAACUGUGAUAAUUGGAGCCCCCCCUGGGCUACCCUGUCAAUAACUGGGCUACCUGUCAUAGGGCUGUGGCCAGUGAAAAUCACACAAAAUCAUUCUCACCCUGUUUGAGACCAAGUCGAUUUCUAUUGGUUCCCAGGGAUGGGGAUUCCUGUAUUAGCGCUGCUAAUGAACUGAAUCAUGGGUAAUUUAGACCCUAAUUAGCCUUCUGUGUUACCUCCCACGGAACAGGCAGCUAUGGUUCCCUAAUGUCAUGGCUGCCAGCCGUGGGUGGGGCUCACUGUUUGCUGCUUAACCCUUUCACUGUCCUUUUUUCUAAGAAAUAUUUCAUAUGGGAUAUGUUUAAAAAAAUAAUUUCAUGAUCCGCAAGGUGAUUAUAUUAAUAAAGAAAAGCACUUACAGAC